AUGAAUGACGAUCGAACACCAAAGAACCUCAAUCAGACAGUACAGUAUGCGAACACAAAUACAGGCGCCUUUCAAGAAACCCAACAAAGCUGGGAGCCUUUGGAUAUGAACAAUAUAGUCGACUUCGACCACCAGUUGCAGCUUCCAGAGCUCGACUCCUCAUAUCACUCUAUAGACGAGGACAAAGAAGGCUCACAGAACACAAAAUUGCGCCGAAGAGCACAAAAUCGCGCAUCACAACGUGCAUUUCGCGAGCGCAAAGACCGGCAUCUCAAAGGCCUCGAGUACCAGCUUGAACACCUGAAUGAGAAGCAUCAAGACCUCAUGCAGUCAUACAUGAAGCAAUCAGAAAACGUCAUGAAACUGAACUCGCGCCUGGCGGAGCUGCGGGGACAGGUCAAAGCCCUGAAAGCACGUCCAGCUCAUUCGAGUUCCUCGGAAAGGCAAUCAACCACAGACGGUAGCAGAAACAGCCAGAGCCUCGGUAGCUUUGACGCCUUCUCAUUUUCAUCACCGCAGGACUUUGCUUCACUGGAUGAACGUGAAAUUUCGUUGUGGAGUGAUCUUACGACAGCGUCGAAGCCUGGAGAGAUUUUGGAUGAGAACGGCCUACCAGCAUUCGAGGAUCUUUUGAAUCUCAAGUGA